UCCCCAGCGUCAAGUCCCCCUUCCCGUACCUAUGUUCCCGAAAGCAGUCGAUAUCACCCAGCACCGAUUCGGGAGAGCCCCGGCACGACACGCGAAGCUGGAGAGGCACACAACAGAAGGAUGUGGGGCCACGACGCGCGACGCUCAGGGACCCUUCGCCAUUCGAGCACUCAAGGUGACGGCAAUAGUGGCCGAAGCCGCCAAGGUGGUGCUGGCGGAAGAGUCACGCACAGGCUGCUUAGGCGGCCACCAGUCGGAAGACGGCUGGGCUUCAUCAGAAAGCUACUUUUUCGGAUAGUCGGACGCCGUGAUCCAAAGGAGUUCAAUUCACAUCACUCUUAGAGUCAGCGCCAGCUUGCCGACCAACACGAACAAUGGGCGACAGCAACAGCAGCUGGAAGCGCAAUGAACAUAAGUCACCUUUAGAUAGUGGACGGAUAUACUCAUCUCGGAGCUCAACUUUCGCUCGCAGGAAUUGCUAAGAGGCAGAAAAUGCCGUCGCCCAACGCCCCAUUCUGGGUUGAAUUUCAUGAUGAUUACCAGCAAAUAUGGAAUACAAAUUAAGAGGUAUAAUACAUUUUACAACAGCCUACGCCAAUCUAGGCUAACAGCAAACACGAACCUGUGCUAACGCCUGCCCUGCACCUCUGCCCUGCUCGACGAGGUUUAUGUUCUCCAUCAUUACGCUGCCUCGUGCUACACCCCUAGCAAACGACCGCGAGUAUGGCGCGGCUCUAGGUCUUUGACUCAUGGAGAUUGCCCUAACUGUGGUACGAACCGUGUCCCAAGUGCAAGUGAUCAGCCUUGAUUAGUGGUAUAGCCGCGGGAAGUUCGCAGUCAAGCUGCAGAGCUGCAUACAUUCUCAUCUCCCCACCUGCAGCCGGGUUCGUGUCAACGGCGCGCCGACAAUCGCAUAAAAGUAGCUAUAGCGCAUCGCGUUUGGGUUUUAUGCCGUCGCCUUCGAUA